AUGGCGGACCAAUACUCAAGCCCAGUCCAGGCCCAAGCCCAGAGACCUUCCCUCUCCGCCGAGUUCCUCCGGAAGCUCCAAGACCGGGCCCCCAACUCCUCCCACCUGGCCGGCAUCCUCACCCUUCUCGUAACCGCCUCCGUUUUGCUCCUCCUGGCGGGUCUCACCCUCACAGGCACCGUUCUCGGCCUCAUCUUUUUCACACCUCUCAUCAUCAUCUCAAGCCCCGUGUGGGUCCCAGCUUCCACCCUCUUAUUCCUAAUCACCGCGGGUUUUCUCUCCGUCUGUGGAUUCGGCGUUGCCCUCAUCGCCGCCUUGUCAUGGAUUUACCGCUACUUCAGAGGGCUCCACCCGCCCGGUUCCGACCAUGUCGACUACGCCCGGAGCCGCAUAUACGACACUGCCAGCCACGUGAAAGACUACGCCAGAGAAUACGGUGGGUAUUUGCAGAGCAAGGUGAAGGAUGCAGCCCCCGGUGCGUGA